CUCUCUCUCUCUCUCUCUCAUCCCCCUUGCCUUUUCAGCUCCACAGAUGGCAGGAAAUGUUUUCCUCUAUCAGGCAGGCAUCAAGUUCUUUUUCGCCCAUUUGAUAUCUCCAUCUGUGAAGCUUUUUGUCUUGGCCCUUAUCUUUCCCUAGUCAUCCUUCCUUCAUUCAGCAUGGUGAACAGAUAAUUACCUGUCUGAGGGUCACCAUGGGCGCCUGCCUUUGCAAAGGUCAUCAAGAUAUUCAGAAUAGCCAGCAGCAUCCCAUGGGGGAGAUCCAGUCAUGGACGGAAGGACAACCCAUUGUCAAGGGGAAUCAUCAGCCAUACAACGGCACAGUGACAGAUAAGAAGAAUGGCAAUGGCUAUAACAUUGGGGAACUGGCUACAUCUUCCUUGAUAGGUCUGGUUGCUACUAUAAAGGAGCACAUAACCAAGCCAACAGCAAUGGCACAGGGACGGGUGGCCCACCUGAUAGAGUGGAAGGGUUGGGGUGGUGAAACAGCGACUGGCGAGGGCUGGUGUGGCUGGACCAGGGAUGGAGGAGGCUGGGGAGGAGCAGGGACCACACUGCAGGAGGAUGAGCAGCUCUACUCCCAUCUGACUGAUGAGAUCAAGGAGGCACGCUUUGCUGCAGGGGUAGCUGAGCAGUUCGCCCUUGCUGAGGCAGAAAUGAAUGCAUGGCCUUCACCGGAGGUUACAGAUCGGGCCACAACAAGCACAGUCCAAUUACAAGGUAAUGAGGGCCUUUAUCUCUCUCAGUUUCUCGUGGAUGGAGGAAGCUUGGGUGUCCCACACCACCUGUACAGCAUACACAUGGAGGCAAAUGCUGAAACCAGCUCUUUGAAUACUACCCAGCCUCUUCCUCAACCCUGCUUUUGUAGCUCUGUAUCUCAGGCAGAAUCACAGCAUUUCUUUCAGGAGCAGAGGACUGACCCUGUACGACAUGCAGACAGUAGCUCUGAGGAUGAGGUCUUUCUUGACUGAAAUACUGAAUGGCUGCAGACACAUGAUAUGUGACUCUGAAAGCUGGGACAAAGUGAACAUUUGUCUUACCUCAUAUGGCCAGGUCAAAGUUAAAUAUAUGGUGGUAAUGUGUUUGUCUGUGUGGCAGCACCAGUGCUGAUCUACCUCUAAAGAGGUCCUUGCCUUACCCAGUAGAUGUACAAAAAAAAAAAACAUACAAUUCUCCUUGCCAUAUCUUGCAAGCAUCAGUCCAUAAAGCUAUUACACGAUGUCCUUUACCAGGGCAAAAUACUAAUAACAAUUUAUAAAGACGGGUGUUUAAAAGAAACUGAAUCACCUCAACAUCGGAAAAAAAACCCAUACACGUCUUCAAAACCCACUAAUGCUUUCGAAAAUUGCUGUGGUUGAGACAGGAAUGUCCAUGAUAUGCUCUCAGUUUGAAAGCGGCACCUGUAAAUACCUGCUUAAAAACCCCUUUCACAUGCUUUUCCCAUCCCAUCUAAAAGCAGAAAUCUGCAGGGGCUUUGCAGCUGGAUAUAAUGUGGACAUAAAAAGACUUGUUCUCUUUAAGCCAGGCUUUAUUCAGACUCAGAGAAACCCAGUAAAGAACAGCUCACAGAGAGUAUGGCAAAAAAAAAAGUCUUUUAUUUGUGAGCAUGGCGGCUGAAGGAUUAAUACAGUUUGUGCCUUGCUGAAGAGAUGAAACCCAGGAGCUUUUCCAGAACACCAAGACCUGUCUCCCUGUUUCCCAGUAUUUAGUCAUUUGUAUAUUGUAAUGUAUAUAAAGAUUUCAAAGAUAAAUCCUUCUCAGAGAUCCAAACAAAAAAAAAGAGAGAGAGAGAUGCAAACUGUGUUCUUUUAAAGCAGGGAAAAGAAGAGAGACCUGGAAUAACAAUGAUCUGUUUCCCCUUGUUGCCUAGUCGU